AUGUUCCUCAUGAACGCCACGCCUGUGGUCGCUCUGCAGUCCAAGUGGGAGACCUUCGGCCCCUCCGGAAGCUUUAGGUUUCCUGGUGGCUUCUCGGAGCCCACUGAGGGCGCGGCAAGGGCAGCGGUCAGCACCAAGGUGCAGAUGGUCGUCAGCACGCUGCGGGGUGACGGGGCCGCCUUGGGCAUGAGCGAUGCGCACGCCGUCCAGAGCCGCCACCGCGGGGAGCGAUGCCGCGAUGCCACGCAGACCGCUAACCUGCUCUUGCCUCAGGAUCCGCCCGUCUUCCCGGCCUACGCCUUGGCUGCUGAACCCAACCCUUCCGAAGAGCCAAAGGCCGCAGACUCGGGCCCCCUGGCGCUGGACUCGGACAGCGACGACUCCGUGGACCGUGACAUCGAGAAGGCCAUCCAGGAGUACCUGAAGGCCAAGAGUGGGGCUGCGGAAGGAGGCGGCCGGUGCAGGCCGGAGCCCCCCCAGAACAGCACUGCGGACACGCUCUGCACCCCCAGACCCAGAGCUGCCUCCCCAGGCAUGAGUGCCGCCCAGCUGGGUCCCGCCUCCCCCGGGAGUGUCAGCAGUGAUGACUCUUUUGAGCAGAGCAUCCGGGCAGAAAUAGAGCAGUUUCUCAGCGAGAAGAAGCAGCAUGAGAUUCAGAAGUGGGGUGUCCCUGUGGACCCGCAGCCUGAUGCCACUGAGCUCACAGCGAGUCUGGUAGCUCCCGCGGGCAGAGAGCCAACGGGGAGGGCAUUGCACCAGGAUGCACCGGGAGUCAGCAAAGAGUUCAUCUUCCAAAAGCAGAGGUCGGGCACGCAGCCCCGAGUCCUCAAGGCCAGAGUUGCCACUGAGGCUGGAGCUCCCAGGUCAGACACGGUUCCGAACAGACCGGCUGCCAGGAGGGGUGCAGGCACGGGGCGGAGGGCGAAGCGUGCCCAGAGUGCCGCCCUGGCGCCUGUGGGGUCGGACUCCAGCAGCGACGACGGCAUUGAAGAGGCCAUUCAGCUUUACCAGCUGGAGAAAACCCGGAAGGAGGCCAGUGGGGACGCAGCACCGAGGGGCCAGGCCCUAGAGGACACGGGCCAUGAUCCCUCCCCCAGCACCACCACCAGAAGUGCCUUGCCAGAGACCCAGCGCAAAAUCCCAAGCAAAAAGAAGCCUGGCGCCGCACAGGCCACCGAGGCCAGUCCCAGUGCUCUCCCCCUCGACUCUGGCCAUCCCAGCAGGCCCCCCAGGGAGACCAAAGCCCCUCCGACCCCAGGCAUCACGCCCCCCAAGAGCGAGCAGGUGGAGCGGCCCUCAUGCCGGGCAGACUCGUCCGCCGAGCUCAUGUGUGCCGAGGCCAUCCUGGACAUCUCCAAGACCAUUCUGCCGUCCCCUACGGCGUCGCCUGGCCGGCCCUUGCAUGCCGGCCCACUCCUCUACACCCCCAGCGUGCCUUCCCGCUCCGAUGGUGACAGCAGCACAGUGGACAGUGAUGACAGCAUUGAACAGGAGAUCCGGACGUUCUUGGCUCUGAAGGCCCAGUCGGGGAGCUUGUUGGCCCAAGCUGAAAGCUGCCCACCACCUGUAUGGAGUCCACAGUCGUCACCUGCACCCAGCGGCCAGGCCGGGGGCCCCAUGACCACACCACUUAAGACACCGGACCUGCCCUUGAGCUGCAGGAGGAAACGCAAAGGCAGAGGCAACACGGCAAAGCUGUCGGCACUGAAGAAAAAUAAGGAGGGUGGCCGAGAUGCUGGCCUCAGCCUCGGGAGCAGCCAACCUGGCCACGAGGGGCAGGACACGCCAAGCCAAGCCAGGGCUGUGGAGCCUGAGGCCAGGAGCCAGCCUUUCCCCGCACUGGUGGCCAGGCCCAGCGACCAGUUAGUGGCCUCUGACGGAGGAGGCCAGCCCUUGCAAAGCCAAGACAAGGCGGACGAGGCCAGGGUGGGGGACGAGAAGGGAAGCUCCGACGACAAGAGCAGCUCACUGGACAGCGAUGAGGACCUGGAUACGGCCAUCAAAGACCUGCUCAGAUCCAAGCGCAAGCUGAAAAGGAGGUACAGAGAGCCCCGCACUGCCACGUGGAAGAAGAGGGUGCGUUUCAGCACCGGUGAGGUGCAGAAUCCAGAGACGCCCAGCCGCUGCCACAGGGACUGGAGUGACAGAGGUCCUGGCCUGCUGAAAAGCUGCCUCUCAAAAUCCAAAAAGGACAGCAGGGAGGUCGGGGCUCGGAGCCCGGGGGCUGUACUGGGCUGCGGGGUAGAGAGAACUCGGAUAGACACGGCGGCCAGUGGGGACACGGCCCUGGCUCUGCGGCUGCACAGAAGGGCCCCAGAGGGCAGUUUGUUCUCUGGCGGAGUCCAGGCCCAGCCGAGCUCCACCUCCAGCCCCGUCUCCAUGUCUGAGGACAGCAACUCGGUGGACAGUGAUGACAGCAUCGAGCUGGAGAUUCGUAAAUUCCUGGCUGAGAAGGCCAAGGAGUCCAGGAACUGUGGGGACAAUCCCAGUGCCAGCCCCCUUGCUCUCGGGGCGGGGGACCUCCCCAGGCCAGAGGCACUGGGUAGAAAGGAGACGGCACCAGCUACCCCACCUGCCCCACCUGGCACGUGCCCGUGGAGUCAGAGGGGCCGGGAAUCCUCCCAGCUGGCUGAGGGGCUUAGGGGCGCAGAGAGAGUCCCUGGGGUGCAGAGCCCAGCCAGGGUCUUUGGCCAGGGACUCCCAGCUGCCCCAGCUAAAUGUGAGCUGGUGCCACCCAGGAGUGCCAGCGGGGCCUUCUCUUCCAGAGGGUCCCCGGGGAGCCGGAGACACACUCACAGUGGCAAAGACCACAGUCAGAGUGGGACGGAGCCUGCUGCCAACGAGCAUGCUUUCGGACAGCUGCUGGGGGGUUCCAGAGCCAGCACGGAGGCCGAGAGCACAGGCCCCUUCCAGGGCAGCCCUCCAAGCCUCGGCUUGCUGACCCCAAACCCCAGGUCGGAGCGGGAGAGCCACUCGCUCCUGAGCGGCCCCUGGAGUGACUUUGCCCAGCAAAGCAGGCUGCCGAGCACAUGGGCACUGCACCCUGACAGCACGUGGAAGGGGGGCCUCCGGGCCGACAGCAGCAGCCCAGAGGGGCCGGCCAAGUGUCCAUCUGGCCUGGCUGUGGACCCCCCCAGGAGCCUGCCCUUCUCAGGCUUUGCCCCACUGCUGUCCACUCAGCUGCUUCAUUUUGGGAAGGGGGUGUCAUGGGGCGGCAAGCAAACCAACCUCUUCAGCUCCCACCUGGGCCUUCCACUGCAGGGUCCCUCCUUCUCGACCUUCCGUGAGGCUCCGCUGGGCCCCAGCCCUGUGUUUGGGAGCCCCCACCUGCUGGUUGGGAAGGAAAGGGGUCACUGGCCAAGCAGGAAGUCCCCGGCUGGCCCCAGGCUACCAGACAGGAGGACCUCGGGGUCGGAGGAGCACAUUCUAGACCUGAGGUACAGGCGCCAGGUUGUGGAGAGAGAUGAGGAGGACCAAGAGACCCUGGGCAGUGAUGCCAGUGAGCUCAGCGACACCUCUGUGGAGGACAGUGGGGGCAGGCCAAAGGGCAGUGUGCUCCAGUUGUGA